CACACUCUCGCAAACCCUUCUUCCUCUCUGAGUCCCAAAAAAAAACCACACUCUCGCAAACCCUUUUUCCUCUGAGUCCCAAAAGAGAGAAAAAGAAUGGCACAAUUGGAGAACCCAGUGGCUAUCGAUAGAAUCAGCAGUUUACCUGACGAUAUAUUAUGUCACAUACUCUCUCUUCUUCCUACCAAUCUCGCUUUCACCACCACCGUUCUUUCCAAACGAUGGACACAACUCUGGUAUUCACUCGCUUCUCUCCGCUUCGACAAUGAGAAAAUUGUGCGACACCUCGACAAUUACAAUCGCUUCAGUUGUAUGGUGGAUGCAGUCAUGAUUUCUCUUCGGGAAACAAACCAAACCAUGAAAACAUUUCAUGUUAACUGUGGUUUUGUUUACUGUAAGACUGGUCAGCGCAUUUUUGAUGCAUGGGUAGAAGCCGCUAAACAGCGCCGAGUUGAGGAAUUUAAUCUCUCCAUCAUCAGUGGUAUCACCUUGAUAUUGAAUCCCACAAUUUUAACCUCCCAAACCCUAGUUAUUCUGAAACUUGAGAGAUUAGUAGUUAAAGCUGAAAAUUUGUGUGUUGAUCUUCCAUCUCUCAAAAUCCUACAUUUGGUAGAAAUCUGUUUUAAAUACAAGAAUGAUUUCAUGAAACUUCUUAAUGGAUGUCCUGUUCUAGAAGAUUUACACACGAGAGUUGAAGAAAAUAAUGCAGCGGAAGGGUUUAAACCCUUGUCCAAGUUGGUCAGAGCAGAUAUCAAUUCAUAUGAUGUUCCCUUUGAUGCAAUUAAUAAUCUUGAGUUUCUUUGCAUAAGAGUGGCACCAGAAAAUACUUUCAAAACCAUUCCAUUGUUUCAAAAUUUAAUUCACAUUAAACUAUGGUUGUAUGACUUCAUUCAUGGCUGGGAUGGUGUGGUAGAAUUGCUCCAGCAUUGCCCAAAGCUUCAAGUUCUUUUUGUGAGAAGGAUGAACAUCCCUCGAAACUAUUGCCAUGAACAUGCACUGGAGUAUCUUGUUAAGGGAGUGAAACUUGCAUCUCGGUACGAUAACAGCAUAAAGUACGAUGAGUUUUUAAAACUCAUAAGAGAUUUCAAGGCUGGAAGAAUUGAUAUACGAGGCGUCCAAUCAAGGGUGAGGGUGCUGCUUCAAAGGCAUCAGGGUUUAUUAUUCGGAUUCAAGACCUUCCUCAUCAUGCCAGCUGGUUCGUACUCUUUCCACGGUAAUUCACAUGAUAUCUUGAUAGUUGUCUGCCCUUUACCUAUAUACGAGGAGGGAUCAAAUUACACCGAUGAAAUCUUACACUGCUCAAUAUAG